AUGGUUCCCGGUCACCCGGAUCAAGGUUACCAGGAUUCAGGUCAUCUGGAUCUAGGUCACCUGGUUCCAGGUCACCCAGAUCCAGGUCACCAGGAUCCAGGUCACCCAGAUUCAGGUCAUCUGGAUCUAGGUCACCCGGAUCCAGGUCACCCGGAUCCAUGUCACCUGGUUCCCGGUCACCCGGAUCCAGGUCACCCGAAUCCAGGUCACCCGGAUCCAGGUCACCCGGAUCUAGGUCACAUGGUUCCCGGUCACCCGGAUCUAGGUCACCCGGAUUCAGGUCACCCGGAUCUAGGUCACCCGGAUCUAGGUCACCCGGAUCCAGGUCACCCGGAUCCAGGUCACCCGGAUCCAGGUCACCCGGAUCCAGGUGAUCCGGACCCAGGUCACCCAGGGACCCAGUGA